CGUGCAGCGCCUCCUCUCAUCCCCAUUCCUUCCCUCGUAAAUUCUUCGCUCAGGGCUCUUGUCUGUGAAGUCUUCGUCGCUUCCCCAUCUUUUUCUCAUACUUUUCAUUAUCCUCUGUCUCCGGGAGCGAGAGCGACCCACUGACUCCGAUUAAGGGACGGCUUGAGAUCCGGGGUGAUGGAAAGCACCCCUACAAGGGGUGGGCUGAACCGAGUGCACCUACAGUGCCGGAACCUGCAGGAAUUCCUAAGGGGCCUGAGCCCUGGCAUACUGGACCGGCUGUAUGGGCACCCUGCCACGUGUCUGGCUGUCUUCAGGGAGCUCCCAUCUUUGGCUAAGAACUGGGUGAUGCGGAUGCUAUUUCUGGAGCAGCCUUUACCUCAAGCUGCCGUAGCCCUGUGGGUGAAGAAAGAAUUCAGCAAGGCUCAGGAAGAAAGUACAGGGCUGCUGAGUGGCCUCCGGAUCUGGCACACCCAGCUGCUCCCUGGUGGUCUCCAGGGGCUCAUCCUCAACCCCAUCUUCCGCCAGAACCUCCGAAUUGCCCUUCUGGGUGGGGGGAAGGCCUGGUCUGAUGACACAAGUCAGCUGGGACCGGACAAGCAUGCCCGAGAUGUCCCCUCGCUUGACAAGUACGCCGAGGAGCGAUGGGAGGUGGUCCUGCACUUUAUGGUGGGCUCCCCGAGUGCAGCCGUCAGCCAGGACUUGGCUCAGCUGCUCAGCCAGGCUGGACUCAUGAAGAGCACGGAGGCUGGAGAGCCCCCCUGCAUCACCUCUGCUGGCUUCCAGUUUCUGCUGCUGGACACCUCUGCCCAGCUCUGGUACUUCAUGCUGCAGUAUCUGCAGACGGCCCAGAGCCGGGGCAUGGACUUGGUGGAGAUUCUCUCCUUCCUCUUUCAGCUCAGCUUCUCUACACUGGGCAAGGAUUACUCUGUGGAAGGUAUGAGUGAUUCUCUGCUGAACUUCCUGCAACAUCUGCGUGAAUUUGGGCUUGUUUUCCAGAGGAAGAGGAAGUCUCGGCGUUACUACCCCACCCGCCUGGCCAUCAACCUUUCGUCAGGUGUCUCUGGGGCCGGGGGCACCGUGCAUCAGCCAGGCUUCAUUGUCGUGGAAACCAACUACCGACUGUACGCCUACACAGGGGGGCUGCAGGGAGGCCGGGUGCGGGCACCUUCUCAUCCUCUUCCGGUACCCAAAUCAGAGUCGGAGCUGCAGAUCGCCCUCAUCGCUCUCUUUUCCGAGAUGCUCUAUCGCUUCCCCAACAUGGUGGUGGCACAGGUGACCCGGGAGAGCGUGCAGCAGGCCAUAGCCAGUGGCAUCACAGCCCAGCAGAUAAUCCAUUUCCUAAGGACAAGGGCCCACCCAGUGAUGCUCAAACAGACGCCUGUGCUGCCCCCGACCAUCACCGACCAGAUCCGGCUGUGGGAGCUGGAGCGGGACCGACUCCGGUUCACCGAGGGUGAGUGGCUUCCGGCCUUGCUCAGCGCCCAGAGGGGUGGCCGGCAGUGCAGUCCUGACGGCUUGAAAAGGUUUUCUUCGUGCGUUCCAUGUUUUGUUUACUACAUGGAACGGAAAGAGAAGCUUCCAAGACGCUUACUUAGGAGUCGGCACUCUGGUGCACUGUCCCGGGCCAGAGCCGUUCGGACUGGGCCAGGCGAGGGAGGGCCGGGCACUCCGGGCCGAGCGAGCGGAGCCUGA